CAAAGUUACUGUGGCUUUUUAAUGCAGUAUGAUGAGGCAGAAGUGAGCUACAUAAACUGAUGAUCUCAGCGAGGUCAAACCUCAGAGCCACAUCUAGGAAUGUCCAGUUUCUCUCACAGUACUAAUGCUUUGGUGCCACCUGUUGGUUAGGUGUGGUGUGACAUCCUUAGAUAACUCGUCAUACUUGUAUACUGUGAUCUUGUCAUAAAAGCUGUACUGCGCAGUAUUAUCCCUCACUGAGUCUCUGUCCUGCAGCAACACCCUGCAUUACUGCUCCUCAUCUUCCUCAGCAAUGCAGGCCACCAGUGUGGCGUAAAGACUAAUGGGCAAAACUGAUUUAAAUGUGAUUAGAUCUUUCAAUUAUAAAUAGUGAUAAUAAAAUGAGUGGGAGCUAAUCUGAUUGUCAAGAAAAAAAGGAGACUUGUAACAAGUACUUUGAAUUGAAUAAUACAAUAUUUUUCUGUUGGAAAACUGGAAAAUAAGUUGUUGUAUAAACUUAGUUCAAUUAUGCCACAUAUUUCCAUUUAAUCAAAGUCGGUAUACACUGGCUUUGUUACCUCAACAUAAAAUGAAUUAGUUGAUGGAAGAAUAUCCAAACAUUUCAGUAUAAUUUAUUUGAGUUUGAUUGGAAGGAAAUUAUCUUUGGAUAAAAAUAAACAGUUUUCAUUCACUGAAAUACUGCUUUCAUUAUUUUUUACCAAUUAUACAUAAACCAGUUACUUAAAGAAGACACAAUUAAUUUACUUAAUGUAGACAUAAUUUCAGUUUGUAAGUCCAACAAUGCUGUUGGUUAAUUUUGUAGAGUGUAAUUGAGGAAGAGUAUUCCAUUUUAAUAUUAUUUUAAUAAAGUCAUGAUCUUACCUAUUUAUGAUGACACUGGAUCCUUAGUAGUUUUAGGAGGAUUUUUUUUCAUGUAUCUUUUUUAAUGAGUCGAAAUAUCAUCAAUCUGAUAAUGUGAAAAAUGAAUGAAUUCAUUAAUUAUCCUACUCAGGGUGGAGCCACAGGUAUCACAGACCUACUUAAUCAAAAGGGGAUGGAAUAUUUAUUAAGCCUUAUAUUUUAAGAUAAUGAAAUUUGAUUUGUUUUAAGUGGGGGCUUUCACUGUAUUAUAGCCACUAAAAAUCAUUCCACUCUCCAUCAAACUCUGCCGUAUUUUCUCAGCCCUCCAAUCACUGCUCAGCACCCAUUGCUAUCAUCAUUGCUCCAAGCCUUCAGUUCGUUAUUAGUGCCUGUUUGUAACUGACUAAACAUAGCACCUUUCAUUUGAACCCAUGCCUUUUAUUAGCAAACCUGUGGGGGAGGUCACCACCAGCCAUAGGCUUCAACGUCAUGGUGACAUACAGGUGGCUCUUAAUAUAAGCCAUACAAGAGAUAUUAACCAUUUAAAAGGCAUGUUGUGAGUGCAGUAGAUCUGAAGGUUAUUCUUCUGAACUGUAUUUUUCCAAGCAGUCCGACACUUUUCAAUGCAAAUUGUCAACUUUACUGUUAAUUAAACAGUCAGGAUAGACAGACAGAAAACAAACAUACAAAUCAUAAAAUCAUGAGACAAGCAGUGUCCUGCUUACCCAACUAAAAAUACACCACAUGACCCUGAGGUACACUCUUCUGCUGAUCCUUUGGCUAGUUUCUCUCUUACUUCCUCUUCUGCUCUGCUUCUCAUCUCUGGCUGCUCUCUCGGUAAAAAAAUGAAGAAAAGUUUUAAUUUGUUUCGUUUGUUUACAGUUAAUACAUUUUAAUCAUUUCUUUGAGGUUUUAUAGAAGUGCAGUGUUUACUUAUUUGAGAUAAUAAUGCAGAGACAACAAACAAAAGAACCAAAUAUGGAUACAGAAGACCAGAAGCUAGACAUGGAUGUAGAGCACAAGAUGGAAAGCAAAAGGGAAACUUUGCAAGCCAGUGCAUCAAAUGAUUCUGAAGUUUAUGCACAAAAAGAGCCAUCAGCGCAACCCGAAACAGAUCUCAGGCUUGUGGUUCUGGGUGGAGAUUCUGCUGAUAACAGUUAUGCAUGUAGCACAAUACUCAGACUUUAUCAGAGAGAGGAAACAAUUAAUCCACUGAAAGGUAACUUUAUAGAGAGGACCGUUGGAGGAAGGCAGGUAUCUGUCUUCAGAACCCCAUCAUACUGGAUGGAGCACCUGGAUUCACAUUUGAUUUUCUCAAACGGAGUCGAGUCCAUCAGACAUGAGAUUCAGAGCUGCACGUCAACACUGUUUCCUGGUCCACAUGCUUUUCUGUUAGUGAUGCGAGCUGGUCAUACUACUGGAAAGGAGCAUUAUCUGUUACGAGCAAUAACCUCAGUGUUCGGAGCAGAAGCUUUAGAGUACACCAUGGUGAUGUUCAUUCAUGCACACGAACAGCACCAUCCAAUGGAUGCCUUGAAGGACCGCUGUGUGCAGAUGUGUGGAGAAAGAUUUUUCUUUCUGGAGAACAACGAUGAAAAUGUGGAGGAGCUUUUCAUGAAAAUUAAGACAAUGACACAGAAGAAACAAAGCAGGUUCUUUAUUCAGCUCUUAUAUGAAAAUCUUAUGAAAACAUGUUUUGAUUCAUGGGAAAGAACAAGACUUCAUGCUCAACAGUGCAGAGAACAUAAGCUGAUAGAAGAAAUGAAGGCAGAGCAACAACUGAAAGAGACUGAACUGAGGAGAAAGCUGGAAACACUUGAGCAGGACUUGAGAAAAGAGCUGGAAGCUUCCAGACUCAGUGAGAGUGCACUAAGAAAGGAUCUGGAAGGCUCCAGACUCAAUGAGAGUGCACUAAGAGAAGCAUCCAGACUCAAUGAGAGUGCACUUAGAAAAGAUCUGGAAGCUUCCAGACUCAGUGAGAGUGCGCUAAGAAAAGAUCUGGAAGGAUCCAGAUUCAGUGAGAGUGCGCUAAGAAAAGAUCUGGAAGGAUCCAGACUCAGUGAGAGUGCAGUAAGGAAGGAACUAUAUGAGUCAAAUGACAGAUCUAAUAAACUUCAAAGAGAAGUAAAGGAAUAUAAAGAGAGGGAAAAAGAGCUACAACAGAAGCUGAAAGAUCUUCAGGCUCGAGAGGAGCUGCUGCGCGACAGACUGGAGCUGGAGAAACAAAAGAAACAGAAAACAGAGGAACUGCAGGCCAGAGAAAGACAGCUGGAACACAGAGAGAAAGAACUGAGGAGCAAAGAGAGAGAAUUAGGAAGCAGUUUGAAGGAAUGGAGCCAGGACACAGCAGUGGGGAGAGGUGAAGAAGAAACAGCUGAAUCAGCUGAGGCAGGAGAUGUGAAACUUGCACGACGCAACAGCAAAGAGUGGACACCGCCAUACAUGUAGAAAAAUGAGAUGAGGACUCUAGAUGACCUGGACGCCUGAACAAAGAUGGUGCUUUUUAAAAUGUUCUGUAACAGGGGCCACUCAGAACUCACAGGGUCAUGUGAAAGACUGUUAGCUUUACCAAAAGAUAUACAGACAAAGAAAGAAACAGAAAAGGUAAAAGAGGAAUACAGAAGAAUAGACCACAUUUUAUUUAUUUAAUAUAAUUGUUUAUUUUUAAUUGAAUGUAAAAACUGUAUUAUAUUCUGUUAUUUUAUGAGAUUCCGAACUGCACAUCAACACUGUUUCCUGGUCCACAUUUUUCUUUUUGUUAGUGAUGCAAGCUAGUUAUACCUCUCUGGUUAUGCUUCUCUAAAAGAGUGUUAUCUUUUACCUAUAGUGUUUGAGAGGGUAUCUUUAGAAUACACAACGGUAAUGUUUUCCCAAGCACAUUAAAAUUAUCUUCCAAGAAAGGCUGAUCAGUGCUCUUUAAAAAGUGAUAUAUAAUUACAACUUGUUCCUCUUCCUGUUCUUCUUACUGGCAUUAGGUAAAAUAAUUUUUCUUGAAGGCUCAAUUCAGAUGUAGUUUUGAUGGUUUUUCAGUUGAUUUCAGUGCAGUUUAUAGUGAAUGGGAAUGGUUGCUAAUGUCAAUCUGCUGAGAGUUGAAGAAUAUUUCCUGGCUUUGUCCUCUAGCUCUCUGAGGUGACAUCAAAUUUUACUACAGUCAUGCUCACAGUUGCAUGACAGUUCAGUGAUCCAAGUGGGCUAUGAUGACUCGCCAAAAUGCUAAUAGUGAACUAUAAAAUGAUGGCACGUCCUCCGUCUAUGGCAAAAGGCAAUAUUAGUGAGAUACAGGCAUCAAUGUUUGAGCAUCAGGUUGAUUAGGAGUCAAACAGAACCCAGUGGUAUAACAAUGGCUACAGGCAGAUGAGUCAGAAUAGUAAAUUCAGUUAUUGACAUUUUACAUUUAUCAGUCGCUAAAGUCAACUGGCCAGUCACUAGUCAACACCUAACUAGCUAACUGACUGAGAUUUUAAAGUUGUCAGGACUUCAAGAUGGCACCACAGAUGGCUGCCCUGGGGUGUGGCCCCUACCUCUGUUUUUUUUUUUGUUGUUGUUAUUAACAUUGUUUGUGGCGUGUCCAACAGAAUUAUUUAGAACAGGGAACAGUUACCAAACCUCAAGGACAAAGACGAGAGAGAGAGACAUGAGAAAACCUUCAAAUGUAAGAGGUACAGGAGGGGGUGUACAAGAUAAAAAACAUAAAGUUACUUAACUGGACCCUCUCCAGUCAUCAAUGAAACCCCUAAAAACUCAUCCCUGUUAAUCACAAUUACAUAUUUUUAAGUUAUUUCCAAGAAAAAAAAUCCCUUACUGCCUAAAAAUUGCUUAGAUGUAACUUUUUGAAAACAGAUACAAAACUUUGCCUAUAAAAUAUGACACGUAGCUAGCUACACCUGACUCUGAUACAUCUUGUUCCUCGUCAUAAUCAUGCUAAUGAUAUGGAAAGCCUCACCCGUCAGUGGACAGGAGUGGCUCCUUAGGUUUGUGACUUAUGAAAUCCUGACUGUCUGAAUCCCACCUUAACAUCAGUGACUCUGUGGUUUCCACUGUGGAGUUGCUCAUGUUCCUUAGGUAGGAGAGGAACAUGCUCUCCAUAGCCAAGACAGCACAGCAGAGGAUGCUCUUCCUAAGACAGCUAAAGGAAUUCAACUUGCCACAGAGCCUGAUGAUCCAGUUCUACACAACAAUCAUCAAGUCCAUACUCACAUGGUCUAUAACCAUCUGGUUUGGUUCCUCCACUUCACAAGAACCAGCCAAACUCCAGCACAUAAUCAGGACAGAGGGGACGAUCAUCGGAUUUAGUCUGCCAAACCUUUGCGGCAUCUACAACAGAAGAGGGAUGAAGCACACUGGCAAGAUUGUAGCUGACCCCUCCCAUCCUGGACAUCACCUCUUCCAGCCACUUCCCUCUGGUAGAAGGCCUUCAAAUCAGCACAACCAGCCAUGCUAUCAGCUUUUUCACCAGAGCUGUAGCACUCAUUAGUGGACACUUUAAACUUGAAUUAGUGGCAGUUUAAGCUUGAACUGAACCUAGCAAUUAUUUCUUAUUGUGCUUUAUACUGUGACUCUAACACCUUUGUAUCAUAAUGCAUAUUUGCACAGCUGUUAAUAUUUGUAUCAUCCUGUAAUAUACUGUAAAUACAAGUUUAUGUAUCCUCAGACCCUGCAUAUGUAUACACAUUUGUAUAUGCAUCUUUUUGGCUCCAUUCACGUUGGCUUUUUAUUAUUUACUUUUCUAUUCUUUGAUCUAUUAGUUUUAUUUUUAUUGCAUUUGUCUCCUUUGUUACUGACACAUGUUUUAGAGAAUACUGCUGUGUAGAACUCGACCAGAAGCUAGCAAGUGUCAAGUGAAUCCACAACUUCACCUCAAACGUCUUUUCACAGACUCAAGGUAACCCAAGGAUUAAAGCAGGGGUGAGUUAUGGGACUUGAAUCAUACUAUCAAGUGAUACGUAUGCAAUCUGUUUUGUAUAGGCAUACAAUCUACUUGAAUUGCUACCAUGCGAGCUACAAAUAGUGCAUCAUUUUUUAAAACUGCACCACUUUUUCAGCCGUUCAUGCAUGACGUAUGGCAUAUUUUGAUAUCAUCCGUCUCUGUCUCUCCAGAACUGGAGCUGCCCAGGGGCAUGUUUAGGGUCUGGCUAUUGGGCUAUUGCCAUGGGUCUUUUUCCUGUAGCCACAGGUGUCUCUGAAUAUAAUGCAUGAUUUUCUGACAUGGUUUACAAAGUUAGUGAGUCAGUACCCAAUUUUAUCAGUCAACCUUCACCAUAGUUUAUUACAGUACAACAGUUACCAUAGUCAAAAUACACGAAACUUCAACUGCCCCCCCUUUUUAUUUCAUAUAUAAACAUUGGAUAUUGUAAUGACAUGUUGGCUGCUGAACUGAAAAUUUCCCCAGAUUUCAUUUCAGAAAUCCAGUCACCAUAAUGUUGAGACUCUCCUGACUUAUUUGCCAUUAUUUUCAGUGAGAGGAUCUGUAGUCUUAUAUAAAUUAAAAUAAUUAUAAGUGAUCACAGACUUACUACAGACUUAUUUGGAUGAAAGACCCCGUCUACACCUGGUCACUUCAUGCGAUAGGUAUUUGGAUUAUAUCCUGAUAAGAUUUUAGCCACAUGCAUUUACUCUUGGUAAUCAAAAGUGUCUCUGGUUAGUCAGACUGAAAUCCGAUUGCUGUGUGGGGUGGAAUAUAUGCAAAUGUGCUCAUUACAUGACAACUAAUUACCAACUGUUUAUCCGUUCAGCCUGUUCAUCUGCAGUUUGUCUUGCACAGUAGUAUCUGUCCAUGUUGCUAUUAAGGAUUUUGUUUAAUCUGGUCCCCGACCCUGUGAGUCCUCCAUGAUUCUCUUCCUCGCAAACACAGAUCACAUGCCCAUGUACUGCAUGGGGAGGGGUUUUGAUUGUAUGGGGAGGAAUUUUGAUUGUACUGGAAGGAGUUUCAGUUGUACUGGGAGGGGUUUUGGUUGUGCUGGGAGGGGUUCUGGUUGUCGACUACGUCUUGGAGAGAUGGACGUGUUUAUGCUGCUGUAACAUGUGGCUCAAAUGCAUCUCAGUCCACCUCCUGAAGCGGUUCGAUUGAUCAGAUUUGUAUCUGAUUUAAAUGUAUCUUGGGUGCGUUUACACUUGCAUUUUUUUGUGGCUUGGCCUCAUCCAUAUACAAUCCUGAUACUUAAGAUGCAUGAAGUGACCAGGUGUAAACACGGUCUUACAGUUAAUGGUCAUAGUAAAAUCCCAAGUAGGGUAAUAAUCAAUGGCAUGUCAAAAGUCCAAAUUUGAAGAAUGAGAAAAACAAGCAAUACUACUUAAGAGACCUGUCUGUGUUGAUAGCACUACAAACUAUGGUUUAUGAAGCAUUUAGUGUUCAUAUGUAUAAUACUCUCAUAUAUUCAUGUAAGCCAUAGGAAAUGACAGGUCUGCCUGCUACAUGAAGAAGGCAGCUUGGUAGUACACAACUUGUAAAAUUCUUUCUUUCUGUCUUUUUCCGAGAAGAGAUGGAAAGCAAAAAGAAAACUUCACAAGCCGGCGGAUCAAAUGAUUGUAUCUCAGUUAAAAAACUGAGCUGAUUCAUUUGGAUUUAGACUUUUGAAUAUGGAAAUUUUGUUAAAAAAUGAUGUUUUGCUUACUGAAAGUUCUAUUUAUUUUAAAUGCUUAUUUUGAGAAGACGGGCAUGUUAAUCCACAGGCUUUACUGGAUUAAAUGCUGA